AUGCCAUCGUUCGUUGAGGUUCUCCCCACUGAAAUCUUUCUGCAAAUCCUAAAUUUCCUUCGUCAUCAUGAUCUUAGCCAGCUAAUGCGCGUGUCACGACGAUAUGCGGGGAUCAUCGAACCAAUCCUUUGGAAAAAGAUCGAGCUUCAUUUCCCAGAAUUUCACGAAAGAUACGCACAGAAAGAAUUUAAGGAGGAGGAGGGCGCAUUGCAGAGGCCAUAUCACCUCCUACCACCAGGGCCACCCACUCGCAAAACCUACACAUAUUGGGAACGCGUGGCCGAGCAGUAUGGAGGGAAGAGCGCUGCAUUCUUUGAUAUCUUUCAAAGUUUCUCAAUGAAGGAUAAGAAUAGAGCGGCUUAUUUAGCGGGAUUGGUUCGCUGGCUUUGUGUAGACGUCAACUCUCACUUGUAUGCGCCUGACAUUGUCUAUGAAUGGGACAAUAAAAGAGAUCUUUGGAACGCACUGGCCCUGUUCAAGAAUGUGGAGUAUCUGGAAGUAUCUGCAUUCUGGCAGUCUCCUAGUUGGACCACGACGAUCCGUUUUGAGCGUCCAGCACAUGAGAUGGCUAAGCUGCGUACGCUAAAGCUCAGAGGAUUCGUUCCGCGAGAAUUCGUACACUAUAUGUGUGAGAAUGCGUCAAGUAUUACAAGCCUCCAACUCGCCUUGCUUGACGAACCAAUUGGAGACAUCUCGGCCAAUGGAAGAAGCAGCUUGCUCCUAGAACGUGCCACCAACGACUACGAAUGCGAUGUUGAACAUCAGGCGAUGGAAUUUAGUGAACGGUUCUCGCCAGAAGACAGAGAGGCUGAUCAGCCUUUGGAGGACACUCCUAGUCUGGAAGAAGAACCCCCUCUCGAAAUUGGAUAUGUCUGGCCACGCCCUUUUCCAUGCCUAACGCCUUCUAUGAUGUCCCAGUUUACAUCCCUCACUCAGCUUUACCUCUGCAAACCAUCCGAUGUUGAGGACGAGAGCGACAGAUUCGACAAAGUCCUUUCUCCUAAGGCGGAGAGGCAGUUAUUCAACGAAUGGAUCGGCCUUCUCCGUGCAUGUCGGAACACCUUAGUCCAUCUCAUUCUAGACCAGCGACUAGUAGCCGACGAGACAGCACCUGACGGUACCAACAAUGAUGAAUACAUGACCCAGUACUCUCACGACUUGGGCUACGACCGCUUUGUAGAAUUAAUCCUUCCGAUACUCUUAGAAGACGAGCCAUGGCCUGCCCUUCGAACGAUUCAUUUGUUUGGCUUUGAAGAUCCGUAUAGGAGUCCUUGGGCACACCCCGAUGCUAACCUGGAAAAGCAACUCACUAAGAGGCUUCCAGAAGUUCAAGUAGUAUGUGGUCUUGGUAAAAGGAUUAUUUCCACGUGCGAAUCCGAUGGAAAUAUAAAUAAUGGCCCCGAUGUGCUCUAUGGAGAUACUCUCUCGGAUGAAGAGGACGAAUAAGUCGUAAGAAAUGGUAAUGCGCACAUGCAAAAGCACGACACUAUCAAAUAUGAACACAUUAUGACUAGUCUGCUGGAGUAUAGAGAUAUGAGGCUGCUGGAAACCUCAUGCUACGAUCGCCGAUUAGGUUGGAUUCUAGGGUUCAAAAGGAAGAGGUUAGCGUAGUAUCCAGCUAGGGUGGC